AUGGUAAACAUAGUCAAUGCAUGUUUUAGUGAUUGCAUCAUGUCAGUCAACACACUUCACAAACAAACAAAAGUUGAUGAUGGGUGGGAAAAUGUUGUUUUAGAACUUAAAGAGUGGGAAAAUGCUAAUGAGGUCUUCCCACGACAUGAUGCUGAAAUGACCUACCCGUGUUUAUUGGUUAUUGAUCUUGUGGUCAAAAUGGUUAAGGCCUCUGAGGAGAUACUCCUUCUAGAAAGCAAACCAUUCAUUUCCCUUCUUCAGAAGCUUUUGACAAUGGCGAAAACCUUCAUAAUUUUCUUCAUAAUUCUCAUAAUUUCAACCUUCGCCAUCGCCGGUCAAUUUUCCGAAGUCUUGGCUCCGGAAAAACUUGGAUUAAAACGAGAAAAAUUAACUCAUCUUCAUUUUUACUUCCAUGAUAUUGUCAGUGGCACUAAUCCUAGUGCCGUCAGAGUGGCUCAGGCGGCCUCAACCAACGCCUCGCAAACGGCAUUUGGGGCCGUGAACGUGAUGGACGACGCAUUGACGGAGGCGCCGGAGCUCAACUCCAAGGUUGUGGGAAGGGCUCAAGGGAUUUAUGCAUCAGCCUCACAAAGUGAAGUUGGUUUAUUAAUGGUGUUGAAUUUUGCUUUCACUGAAGGGGAAUUUAACGGUAGCGCUCUAAGUGUUUUGGGCCGCAACACGGUGUUUUCGAAGGUGAGGGAGUUUCCGAUCAUCGGCGGCAGCGGGGUUUUCCGGUUUGCCUGUGGCUAUGCUCAGGCUAAGACUCAUACACUGAAUAAUACCGGAGAUGCUGUUGUGGAAUAUAAUGUUUAUGUUUUUCAUUAAUAAUUUACCUUUUUUUUAUAUCGAAAAAAUAUAUUAAUAU